CAAGAAUUAGAUACUCAAGCCCAUAAAUCCACCACCACCAAGCUCGAGACGUAUCCCACGGGCUAGAAACCACCAGCAAAAUGAUGAACCACCGCAUGCUCAGCAAAGAAGACGAAGCCACAGCCGGCAGCGAAGAAAACGAAGUCCGGCGCGAGGACCAAGAGAAAAUCAACCGGUUCAGCCGUCUUCAUCAGCGCGAGUCUGUGCUCGAGGAGCAGCUUAAGGCGAAGCAGAAAGACAAGGAGGAUCUAGAGGAGAUUUCGACUGAGCUUGAGUUGGCGGAUGAGGAUGAGUUAGUCCCGUACAAGGUCGGCGACGCCUUCUUCCAGCUGCCGCUGGCAGAUGCGCAGUCUCUUCUGGCGUCGUCGACGGAGCAGAUUGAUUCGGAGGUGUCUAAGCUGGAAGAGACCUUGGGAGAUGUACGGGAGGAGUUGCAGCAGCUCAAGGUUGCGCUGUAUGCGCGGUUUGGACGGAGUAUCAAUCUGGAGACGUAGAUCUUCCUCUUCUUCUACUUGCUCUUCCUUUUUCAAUGAGAUAUUCCACUUUUGGUCAGCAACAAUGAUGAACAGAUCCGUCAACCGUUAUGACCCGGUUGAUGGUAUAAUUCUAUGGAUAUCACUAUCUGCAUGGAUAUUAGGAUAUUGUGCUGUAUGUAUACAUAGGCAAACAUAUAAGCAGAAAUCUGUCGUA